UACUGAUAUGAUUUGCAUUGCAUUGGCGCCGUAUCACCAGGGACGCAAAUUAGACGGUCAAUACUUCCAAAUAAAUUGAUAAUUUUAUCUACAGCCACCCGAAAUCAUGCGUCUUAAAAGAUUCUUGCUUCGUUACUACCCACCAGGUAUCAUCUUGGAGUAUGAACAGUCUCAAAUGCUGAAAACUAAAUCUAUAGAUCUCUUAGACCUCAAAGCGGAGAGUGACAUUGAUCCAAUAUUAGAUGAGAUUGUUCGUAAGGAACCUCUGGUCACACCAAACAGGACAGACCAAGUGAGACAACUGAUAGAGAGAUUACAAGAGAAACUUGCCAAACCUGAUGACCAUAAGUUCUUCCUUUUCAAGGUUCUAAGAGCACACAUCCUCCCUCUGACAAAUGUUGCAUUCAACAAGUCAGGGUCUAACUUCAUCACAGGCAGUUAUGACAGAGCGUGUAAAGUAUGGGACACAGCAUCUGGGGAGGAGCUCCACACAUUGGAAGGGCACAGAAAUGUAGUCUAUGCCAUAGCCUUCAAUAAUCCUUAUGGUGACAAGAUUGCUACCGGUUCCUUUGACAAGACAUGUAAGCUAUGGAGCUCCGAGACAGGCAAAUGUUACCACACACUACGGGGACACACAGGUGAAAUAGUAUGUGUAGCAUUCAACCCACAGAGUACUGUGAUCGCUACAGGUAGCAUGGAUACUACAGCUAAGCUAUGGGACAUUAAGACAGGAGCUGAGAAAAACACAUUGUCGGGUCAUUCAGCUGAAAUCAUCUCUCUUUCAUUCAAUUCAAUGGGAGAUAGGGUCAUAACCGGUUCGUUCGAUCACACAGUAUCAGUAUGGGAUGUACAUACAGGAAGACGCAUCCACACUCUGAUUGGCCAUCGAGGUGAGAUCAGCUCCGCCCAGUUCAACUACGAUUGUUCUCUCAUCGUGACAGGCUCCAUGGAUAAGACCUGUAAGAUCUGGGAUGCGGCUACGGGCAAGUGUGUGGGUAACCUCCGUGGCCAUGAGGACGAGAUUUUGGAUGUGGUCUUUGACUACACUGGACAGUUCAUUGCUUCAGCGUCGGCAGACAGUUCUGCAAGGGUCUACAAUGCUGUUACCCAUCACUGCAUAUGCAAAUUGGAUGGACAUGCAGGAGAAAUUUCAAAAAUUUCCUUCAACCCUCAAGGUACUAAGCUACUGACUGCCAGCGCUGAUAAGACAGCUAAGAUAUGGGAUCCUAAAUCAGGUACUUGUCUCCAGACACUAGAGGGACACACAGACGAGAUAUUCAGCUGUGCAUUCAACUAUGAAGGAGAUACGGUUAUUACAGGAAGCAAAGACAACACUUGUAGGAUCUGGCGCUGAGACCCUGGAUGCUCUCCUCUCUCUCUCUCACCUCAUGAUCCUAACAACCAUCCUCUUUCUCCAUCUAUGGCCUACGUAGACCAAGAUAGAAAGAUAAUUUUGUCUUGCUCGUCACAUGGUGAAUAUGUGAAGUAGUAUCAAGCCUGGGGGGUGUUUCACAAAGAUCCUAAGUUGAGCUUAUCUCUAAGUUGGACUUUAAAUUAUGGAAAGCCGUUAGCAUCAUUGAAAAUAUUUUGUAAAAGUUAUUUAAAAGACAUUAAAUGUUGAUUUAAAACAUUUAUGUUUUCUGUUAUCAACAAGAUUUCAAUGUUCUUGAUGUGGAAUUUUUGAAAAGUCUAAAAUACUUGGAAUUGUUGAUUUUGAUUACCGGUACAUUUUAUUUUAAGGCUACAAAUGGCUCUCCAUAAUAUUUAAGUCCAAAUUUAAGUUAAGUUCGACUUAGGAUCUUUGUGAAACACCCCCCCCCCCCCCCCCCCCCCCGAAUUGUUUGUGAAAUUAGCGAGUUGUCCAAAUUCACACGUGAUUCAUCCGAAAGUACAUUAGAGAGCAAAGCAACCUUUGAAUAAGUGUAUUUUGUAAAAGUUUCUUCUCUCAGACUUAAGGAUUCAGUAAUGAUUUAGAAGUUUUAAAAGGUCACAAGUUUUCUGAUAUUGCAGUAAUAUAAGGCCAUGAUGAAGCAAUGGUGAGUUGAUGAUUUAUCUGCUGGGAACCAAAAUGCGAUUUACUCAUUUUGGCAGUAGGGCCUAAAAAAGAAAGAUUUUGCAUUGCCCUCUAGGUCCCAGCACCUGGGUCAAUCAGUCAUUUUUUUCCUACCUAUUUUGGCUGAUAUUUUAGAGUUUUGAAUGCUUUAAUACAUAUUUUUUGAUUCAUUAAACAUUCUUUUAAAAAAGAAACGGUAAAAAAAUAAGAAAAUAAAAAAGCCGACCGUAGAUUUUAAGAUUUUGGGUCGGUCGAAAAGGGCAAUACAACAAGUUUUUGUUUAAAGCCUAAUUAUAGUAAUAUAAAGGGGAAGAAUUAAACCAGCAGAGCACCGAUAGAUUGUCAAUAUAUUGUAUCAUAUUAGAUCAAAUUUUACUUAUCAUAUACCAGUGCCCUUUUGGCUGUAAGUCAGAACUGUCUAAUCCUUUUUUUGCUGAUGUGAAGGCAUGAUGAAUAGAAAUUAAAUUCCUUUAGAAUUAACAGAACAAGAGCUACAUCUAGACACCUUUGACUUGCGUUUUUCUUUCCAGUUCACAUCUAGCUAAAGGCUUACAGGUUCUGAACUUAUAUUAUUCAGUAUGUUUUGUUUAAAUAUUGAAAAAACCCAGCAUGAACGUGUUAUGAUGAGGUCAAUAAGCCUGUGGUAUAGUGUCAAUGCAAGGGUCGUAUAUUUGCUGAGAAAUAUUUCUUUCUUAUUCCUUUUCAGUAGCAAAAUGCAGUGUAUGUGUUAGGAGAGAAUUAACGGUACUAAAAAAUGUUGGCUACCAUUAAACUAAAUAGUGUAGUCCUUAUAAAUUCUCAUCAUUAUUGUUUCUGUUAUGAGAAAAUAUGUGAGAUAUGUAGAAGUACAGUGUAAUAAUGAAAACAUGAAUUAGAUUUUGAAGGAAUAGAAAUUUUCAGUUGUAGUGUCUGCUCACUUCAAAAUCAUGUUCAUGUACUGUGUUCUCUUUGUACACGGUGCCGUUAAUUUUGUACGAUAAAGUGAUAGCUGCAUUUAAUUACACAUGCCUUGAUAGAUCCAUCUACUUCCAGUCUUAUGUACACAAUACUCAAUUCUAUUCCAUCCAUUUAAUUACUCUUGGAUUUCUACUUUGAGUCAGAAAUAGUACUUAAAUGACUUAUAUUAAUUUUGUUUCUCAUUUGAAUUCUUCAGUAUUCAUUUCAAGUGUCUUGCUGCUGUAUCAAUGGUAUUAUGUAUGUAGCCAAUAGUCUGGUUUACUAACAGUUAUCCACAUUUAUGGACGUUUCUUUCCUGGGGAUCUAGUGACGAGGUAUUCCAUUUACCUGUUAUUACUGAAUGAACAACAAUACUCGGAAUCCAGUCUGCAUACAUUACUUGUUGCUAUGUCAGGCAAGCCUCUGGCAAGCUUUCAGUAUGCAUAAAAUUGUAAUAUGUUAGUAGACCGGUCUGUUCUAAUACAUUUAUUUUACCAUACUUCAUGUUAUAUUUCUACUCUGUAUUAGUAUGGAGUGACUGGGCAAGAUCAAGAUGUGCAUGGAUAUUUCAUUUUACAUUCAAAUUCAUCUCUACUUAUUUCAAGUGUCUUACUGUCACAUAGUCAAUUCUAUUCCAUCCAUUUCAUGAUAAUUCAUGUUAGAUUUCUACAUAAGGCAAAACAUUGGUUUUGUAUGUUUUUCAU